AUGAUGUGCUCCAACUGCCACACAACAACCACGCCCCUUUGGCGCAGAGAUUCUGCAGGCAACACAAUAUGCAAUGCAUGUGGACUUUAUUACAAACUACACCUUGUCCAUCGCCCAGUUGCCAUGAUGCGAACAGUCAUCAAACGGCGAAAGCGC